GUGCGCGGACAACAUCUGUGCUGGAAACCUCGGAUCAGGGCAAGACGUUGGGGCGCUACUCGCAGGAGGGCCACCCUUCAGCAACAUUGGAUACGGAGGACAGGAGGAGGGCCGGCGGUGGAGAUCGGUGGCGAGGCAGAAGAGGAUCUGACUCUGCAGACGGGGGUCCAGCUAGAGAGCAGAGGAUGCAUCCAGCUGAAGUCUUGGAGUUCUACCGCGUCUCUCAU